AAAAAAAAGUAUAAAGGUACACAUGAACCUACGCAAUUAUGUUUAUAUUUCAAUUUAAUAAACAAAAUCAUAUUAAAUAUUAAAUAGUAGACUCAACAAUAUAGUGGUGAUAUAUUUUAUCAUAAAGUUUAGAGUAAACGAUAUCUGGAAAGUUUAAAGUAAACGAUAUCUGGAAAGGCGACUAAAAGGGUGACCCACAAUCAAAGGAUUGACGACUCAAAAAUUAAUAUGCCUCACGAUUUAAAGGAACUGGGUGGAAGGAAGGCUAUUAAUAUGGCACCUUUAUCCCCGACACCGUGUGCAGAGAUAAGUGAUGAUGAACUAGUUUCUAUCUCAGUUAGGGAUCUCAACAGGCAACUCAAAAUGCGAGGCCUCACUCGAGAUCAGAUUGUAAGAAUGAAACAACGUCGCCGGACUCUAAAAAACAGAGGUUAUGCCGCCUCAUGCCGUAUCAAGCGUAUAGAACAGAAAGAUGAACUUGAGAACGAGAAAAGUCAGGAAUGGCACGAUAUGGAACUGAUGCAGGACGAAAAUAAUAGAAUAAGGGAAGAGAUUGAAGCGUUGAGAAGCAAAUAUGAUGCGCUAAAACGUUUUGCGACGAUGAAGAGCAUUCCUUUGCCGGCAGAACUGGAUAUAUUACCAUGAACUAUAUUUAAUUGGGAAUUAGAAUUAAAAUUACUAUUGUAUUCAAUAAAAUAAGAUAGGAGAUAUUUUAAUACAAAAAACUAUAAUACUACCAUUGUUACUGUGUUAGUACAUAAGACACAUGAGUAAAAAAGUAAGGAAGCAAGUGUUUAACUAGUUUUUUUUUGUAUUUCAUAAAACAUGUUAUGCAGCGGCAAUAUUGGUUGGAAUAAACUUUUUGGAU